AUGGUUGGAGUGACUAAAGAUGAGGGACCACUGUUAGCAGUAAUGCUUUUUCCCGAAAUGAGAGCACCGGGACUAACAGUCGAGACAUUCAAAAAUGUUGUGAAUAGACUGUACGAUGAAUACCGUAAUAUAGAUGUGGAGGAAGUGUCCGAUUAUUAUCUCAAAAGUAUUGACACAACAAAUGAGUCCCAAAUGAAGGGAGCGUUGAGUGCACUCUAUGGGGAUCUGGUGUUCACGUGUGCGACCUAUCACUUCGCCAAACAAUUUGCCAAAAGUGGACAAAAUAGUAAUUUCUAUGCAAACUUGGGAUUCACUGUGUGUUCAGGUGAUACCAUAUGUCACGGCGCAGACCUCCCUUAUGUGUUUGGGUCACCACUUGUUUCCCAAAAGAUGUUCACAGAAACUGAUUAUGAUUUCAGUAUUGAGAUCAUGAAGAUGUUAACUGAUUUUGCCAAAAAUGGUAAACCACACAAUGUUUGGCCGAAACUAAUAGACAUUUCGGACGCGAAUUCAGUGCCAAAAGUGAAAGACUUGAAUCCCAACGAUAUGUCACUUGUUUUGGACAAUCCUUACGGAAGUACUUGUGAUGGCAUUUGGAGCAAUUAUUUUUGA